AACCUUAUGGUUAAAAUUGGUUCAUACAAAAAAAUGCGAUGGUUGACAAUUGGUCAAAAAAUGGGUUCUGCCCACCACCAAAGGCACCCACCCGUCAAACCUAAACCGACGAGCCAACACUAACAUCCACCAUUAAAAAUUAAAUUAAAAAAAUCAUAAUCACCCAACAGUAAAUAAUUUUCUAACAAAAAACAAAAAAUCAUAAUCAUCCAACAGUAAAUAAUUUUCUAACAAAAAAAAAACAAAAAUCAUCCUACAGUAAAUAAAUAAUUAUUUCGAGCAUUAAUCAUAAUAUCCUAGAGUAUAAAACCUUGAAGAAGAACCUUUUUCACAUUUUCUUACAUUAUUAUUUUAUUUUCAUCCUGCUCGAUAACUCAACGUGUCUGGUUCCUCAGCAAUUGUUGAUCUACCUUUUCCUUCUUCUACUACUCCAUGGAUCUGCUCUUCUCUCCCUGAUCCAGAUCGAAAGUCCCUAGAAUUUUUUUUUUUAAUUUGUUUGUUUGUUGUCGUUAUGUCCUAAAGCAACUCUCUCUCUCUCUCUAUCUUCAAGUGAUUGAGAUUUUUCACACACUUCCUUCCUUCUACUCUCCUCUCCUCUCCGAUCUCUCGCGAUUCUAGGGCUUUCUCUAAAUGGUGGCGGCGAAGAUGAAGGUCCCCUGUUGUUCCGUGUGCCACACGCGGUACAACGAGGACGAGAGAGUCCCUCUCCUCCUCCAAUGCGGACACGGCUUCUGCAAAGACUGCCUCUCCAAGAUGUUCUCCUCCUCCUCCGACACCUCCCUCGCUUGCCCCCGGUGCCGCCACGUGUCCGUCGUGGGGAACUCCGUCCAGGGCCUCCGGAAGAACUUCGCUAUGCUCGCCCUCGUCGGCGGGGGGAACUUCGAUUGCGAUUACACUGACUCCGACGAAGACGAAGACGACGAGGAGGAUGAUCGUUAUGCUGCUUCUAGCUCGCGUGGUGGUGAUAAGAGCAGCUCGUGUGGGCCUGUGAUUGAGGUCGGAGCUCACCCGGAGAUGAAGCUUGUGAAGCGGAUUGGGGAAGAUGGGAGUGGAGGAGGGGGUGUUGAGAUGUGGGAUGCGACGGUGGCGGGAGGUGGGGGGAGGUGUAAGCACCGAGUGGCGGUGAAGAAGAUGUGUUUGACGGAGGAUAUGGAUGUGGAUUGGAUGCAGGGGCAGCUGGAGAGUUUGAGGAAGGCUUCGAUGUGGUGUAGGAAUGUUUGUACUUUCCAUGGGGUUGUGAAGAUGGAUGGAUCUAUGUGUCUAUUGAUGGAUAGGUGCUUUGGUUCUGUUCAGUCUGAGAUGCAACGCAAUGAAGGGAGACUCACUUUAGAGCAGAUCCUAAGAUAUGGGGCGGAUGUUGCUCGAGGGGUUGCAGAGCUCCACGCAGCAGGUGUGAUAUGUAUGAAUAUAAAGCCUUCAAAUCUUCUUUUGGACGCAAGUGGCAACGCCGUGGUUUCUGAUUAUGGCCUCGCUCCCAUCCUCAAGAAGCCAAUAUGCCAGAAAACUCGACCAGAGUUUGAUUCUUCCAAAAUCACUCCAUACACGGACUGUGUAACACUCAGUCCACACUACACUGCGCCGGAGGCUUGGGGGCCAGUGAAAAAGCUCUUUUGGGAGGACGCAAGUGGCGUGUCUCCGGAGUCGGACGCCUGGAGUUUUGGUUGCACGUUGGUUGAGAUGUGCACUGGCUCCACUCCGUGGGAUGGUCUUAGUAGAGAGGAGAUUUUUCAAGCUGUUGUGAAAGCAAGGAAAGUACCACCUCAGUAUGAACGUAUAGUGGGCGUGGGGAUCCCUCGAGAGUUAUGGAAAAUGAUUGGUGAAUGUCUUCAGUUUAAACCCUCGAAGAGACCUACUUUUAAUGCAAUGCUUGCUACCUUUCUUCGUCAUUUACAGGAGAUACCACGUAGCCCUUCAGCAAGCCCUGAUAAUGGGUUUAUCAAAGUGUGUAGAGUAAAUGUUGUAGAAGAAACUCGCUCUACUAACAUGGGGGUCUUACCAGAUAACCCUAUCAAUCUACAUCGGGUUGUUUUGGAGGGAGACUCCGAGGGUGUAAGAAAUAUACUAGCAAAGGCUGCAACUGGGAGCGGUGGAAGCUCUGUGAGGUAUCUAUUAGAGGCGCAAAACGCUGACGGUCAAUCUGCUCUUCACUUAGCUUGCAGACGCGGCAGUGUCGAGCUUGUGGAGGCUAUACUGGAGUAUGGGGAGGCGAAUGUAGAUAUUGUGGACAAAGAUGGGGAUCCUCCUCUUGUAUUUGCCUUGGCAGCUGGAUCUCCACAAUGUGUUCAUGUUCUUAUCAAAAAGGGGGCUAAUGUUAGGUCUAGACUGCGGGAAGGAUCAGGUCCGUCUGUUGCUCAUGUGUGUUCGUACCAUGGACAGCCUGAUUGUAUGCGUGAAUUGCUGGUAGCUGGAGCUGAUCCAAACGCAGUGGAUGAUGAAGGUGAAACUGUGCUUCAUCGAGCUGUUACCAAGAAGUACACAGAUUGUGCCAUUGUUAUAUUGGAAAAUGGGGGAUCUAGAUCAAUGGCCGUUUCAAAUGGAAAGGGCCUUACACCGUUACAUAUGUGUGUAUCAACAUGGAAUGUUGCUGUUAUCAAGCGGUGGGUGGAAGUUUCCAGCCCAGAAGAAAUUUCUCAGGCAAUUGACAUCCCAAGUCCAGUUGGCACUGCUCUAUGUAUGGCUGCUGCUAUAAGGAAGGAUCAUGAAAAGGAAGGUAGAGAGCUAGUCCAAAUAUUGCUUGCGGCUGGGGCAGAUCCAACUGCGCAAGAUGCUCAGCAUGGGCGAACAGCGUUGCAUACUGCUGCUAUGGCUAACAAUGUGGAACUUGUGAGAGUAAUUCUAGAUGCUGGUGUGAAUGCGAACAUCCGGAAUGUUCACAAUACAAUUCCCCUUCACAUGGCUUUGGCCAGAGGGGCGAACGCCUGUGUUAGCCUACUUCUAGAGUCUGGCUCGGACUGCAAUAUACAGGAUGAUGAAGGAGACAACGCAUUCCAUAUAGCAGCAGAUGCAGCAAAGAUGAUACGUGAAAACCUUGAUUGGCUAAUUGUGAUGCUUAGGAGACCUGAUGCUGCUGUGGAUGUCAGAAACCACAGUGGGAAGACAGUACGUGACUUCUUAGAAGCCCUUCCAAGAGAAUGGAUCUCCGAGGAUCUGAUGGAGGCACUUUUAAAAAGGGGAGUUCAUCUAUCGCCUACAAUCUAUGAGAUAGGAGAUUGGGUGAAGUUCAAGAGAGGCAUAACAACACCCUUACAUGGAUGGCAAGGUGCUAAGCCUAAGAGCGUUGGGUUUGUGCAAACCAUUCUUGAGAAGGAAGACAUGAUUGUCGCAUUUUGCUCUGGUGAAGCUCGUGUGCUAGCAAGUGAAGUUGUUAAGUUGAUUCCGUUGGACAGGGGCCAGCAUGUAAGACUCAGAAAAGACGUUAAAGAGCCAAGGUUUGGUUGGCGUGGCCAAUCACGUGAUAGUGUUGGUACUGUUCUAUGCGUUGAUGAGGAUGGGAUCUUACGAGUUGGGUUUCCUGGAGCAUCUAGAGGCUGGAAAGCUGAUCCUGCCGAAAUGGAGCGUGUGGAAGAGUUCAAAGUUGGGGACUGGGUCCGUAUUCGUCAGAAUCUGACGUCAGCAAAGCAUGGUUUUGGAUCUGUUGUCCCAGGGAGUAUGGGGAUUGUUUAUUGCGUGAGGCCAGAUAGCAGCCUCCUCGUGGAGCUGAGUUAUCUUCCAAAUCCAUGGCAUUGUGAGCCUGAAGAAGUUGAACCCGCUACUCCCUUUAGGAUUGGUGAUCGGGUUUGCGUAAAGCGGUCAGUUGCUGAACCUCGUUAUGCUUGGGGCGGUGAGACUCACCACAGUGUUGGCAAAAUUAGUGAAAUAGAGAAUGAUGGUCUCCUAAUAAUUGAAAUACCAAACCGGCCUAUACCGUGGCAGGCAGAUCCUUCAGACAUGGAGAAGAUUGAUGAUUUCAAGGUUGGGGACUGGGUCAGAGUGAAGGCGUCAGUUUCUUCCCCAAAAUAUGGAUGGGAAGACAUUACUCGAAACAGUAUUGGCGUGAUGCACAGCUUAGACGAAGAUGGUGAUGUGGGGAUAGCGUUCUGUUUCAGGAGCAAGCCGUUUUCAUGUUCGGUGACAGAUGUUGAGAAAGUUGUACCGUUUCAUGUUGGGCAAGAGAUUCAUAUGAUACCAUCUAUCGCCCAACCACGGCUUGGAUGGUCAAACGAGACUCCAGCAACUAUUGGUAAAAUUAUGAGAAUCGACAUGGAUGGGACUCUGAGUGUGACUGGUAGACAGACAUUGUGGAAGGUCUCACCUGGGGAUGCAGAGAUGCUAUCAGGCUUUGAAGUCGGUGACUGGGUGCGCUCAAAACCAAGCCUAGGAAGCAGACCGAGUUACGAUUGGUUUAGUGUAGGAAGAGACAGCAUCGCCGUUGUUCACAGCAUACAAGAAGCAGGUUACUUGGAGCUGGCUUGUUGUUUCCGGAAAGGAAGAUGGAGCACUCAUUACACAGAUUUAGAGAAGAUCCCAUCUCUGAAAGCCGGCCAGUUUGUGCGUUUCCAGAAGGGCUUAACGGAGCCAAGAUGGGGCUGGAGAGGAGCUAAGCCCGAUACUCGAGGCAUCAUAACGACUGUUCACGCUGAUGGAGAGGUGAGAGUUGCUUUCUUUGGGUUGCCUGGGCUGUGGAAAGGAGAUCCAGCGGAUUUAGAAGUGGAGCGUAUGUUUGAGGUUGGAGAAUGGGUGAGACUCAAAGAAGGUGUUCCUAGCUGGAAGUCCAUUGGACCAGGAAGUGUUGGUGUAGUCCAUGGAGUAGGAUAUGAGGGAGACGAGUGGGACGGAACUAUCUCCGUUUCGUUUUGUGGAGAGCAAGAGAGAUGGACAGGGUCCUUUACGCAUCUAGAGAAAGCAAAGAAGCUUGUAGUCGGACAAAAAACUCGUGUCAAACUAGCGGUGAAGCAGCCUAGGUUUGGCUGGUCAGGUCACAGCCACGGGAGUGUAGGAACCAUAGCAGCCAUCGACGCGGAUGGUAAGCUACGGAUAUACACACCAGCCGGUUCCAAAACAUGGAUGCUAGACCCAUCGGAAGUGGAAACCAUAGAGGAAGAAGAGCUCAAGAUCGGGGACUGGGUCAGGGUGAAGCCGAGCAUCACAACACCUACUUACCAGUGGGGAGAAGUGAACCCUUCAAGCAUAGGAGUGGUUCACAGAAUGGAGGACGGAGACUUGUGGGUGUCUUUCUGUUUCCUAGACAGGCUAUGGCUUUGCAAAGCCGUGGAAAUGGAACGUAUAAGACCGUUUGGAAUUGGAGACAAGGUUAAGAUAAAGAACGGUCUGGUCACACCUCGGUGGGGUUGGGGAAUGGAGACGCAUGCAAGUAAAGGACACGUUGUGGGAGUUGAUGCAAAUGGGAAGCUGAGAAUAAAAUUCCUCUGGAGAGAAGGGAGGCCAUGGAUUGGUGAUCCUGCUGACAUCGUUCUAGAUGAACCUUCUGGCUGAGUGUAUGAUUAUGUUUUUGAAUUCUGGAAGAUUUGAUCAUUAGGGCUGAUCUGUGCAUUACAAAAAAGACAUAAAGAGCUCUCUUAAGCCCUUGUGCCAACCAUGUAAUCUAUCUAUAUCUCUUGUCUCUCUCAUGAUGAUUUAUUAAUACUUUUGUUAAUAAAGUUAAAAACUAUAGAGUGGUAGGAGAUAUUUAGGAGUUGUAUCAUCUAUUAUCUUUUUCUUUGUUUGUUGUUUGUAUAAAAUAAUGAAUCCUUUCUUCAGUAUUA